AUGGGGUUUUAGUAUCUAUGCGCUGAGCAGUGAAUUGCAACCUAUCCACCCUACGGAAAACCUUCCACUUCACCCCCUAUUCACACAGUCAUAUCCGUCACCUCAACUAUGAUUCAGUGCUUUGACAGCCAUUCGAAUUCCUCAGAUCAUGGCAGAACUUAUCGGUAUUAUUGGAAGCAGCAUUGCUUUCAUUGAGCUCGCAGCUAAAAUAUCUGCCUGUAUUUUUACGAUUAAGAGUCGCUUAAACGAAAUCAAAAACGUUUCCAACAAAUUAGAGGGAAUGAUGCGCGAAGUUGAAAUCUUGGAACCUAUUGUGGAGGCUCUGAGUAAGGAAUUCUGCGAGAAUAGCAACGAUUUGUUCCCCUGGAAUGAUGAUACAACAUAUCUAGGCAUAAGAUAUUGCGAGAAAGCCCUGGGCGAGCUCAAUAUUGUUCUGGGAGACUUACCAAAUGAGGUUGAUGUCCGUCAGAAGCUGAGAAGAUACAAGGCAACGAUGAAGGCAAUCUACAAGGGAGACAUACUGGAUAGGUGUCAUAUGCGCCUCCAAUCCGCAGUCCACUUCUUAAGUUUGACUCAACAGUGGUAUAUAAUUACGCUCUUGAAGGCUCAGCCCAGGCUCAUUAGCCAGUAUUAUACGCCCCCUACUAGGUUGGUUAGUUGGUCCGAAAGUAGUGACAGCUGUUCUACGAGUACUGUUUCCAAAAACCACGAACUAUCGUCAAAGAAUUGCCAAGGAAUCGGAAAAGCCGCGACAACUCGAGUUAUGAAGAAAGAGUCAGUGAUACCGACUUAUUCAAAUUUGUGGAGUUUUGGCCCAUUGGGAUCGGUCGCUUGGCGAUAUUAUCAAGAUGGGGCAAAUGCUAAUUUGAAAGACUUCGAUUGUGUCGCGCGAGUGCAAGCAAACUAUUGGUUUGCUAGCAGGGUUUGGGAUAUCCAAGCUUCGAGGGCAACGACAGGUUGGACUAUCAAGCUGAACGCAUACUGCAUACAACCGGACGCUGCCCCUGUAUUUUCUUGUGCGCGCAGAGGAGACAUGGCGGGUAUAUUGCGACUCAUUGACCAAGGCAGGGCGAGUCUACAGGACCACACACCGGGUGGCCAGAGUUUGUUACAUCUUGCCGCAGAACAUGGUCAGCUACCCCUUUUCAAGACUUUGGUCUUGAGCGGUCUAGACUAUUUUGAGGUCGACCAUACCUUCAAAGUUAAACCUUGCGAAACAAUGGUCACAGCUGUUUCACGCUACCAAGUUGAUGUCGCGGCGAUGCACGACUUAUACUUAGAAUAUGAUAUCUACGUUGUAGGCGGAUUAUUAAUACACCCUAAAGAGUCUGUCUAUUUCUACGAGGCGGCAACCGAUGCGCCACCAGAAUUGGUCAAAACCAUUGUGCCGGCUGUACUACCUGGAUUCUACGAAAAGCUCAGUCUAGAAGAACGGGUUCAAUACUGUUCACUUCACAACCCCGACGGAUACGCGGAGACGCUCGAGCUCUUGAUAAACCCCAGGGGUAGCAUAAAUAAAGACGAUAUCUCUACUCUUCAACAGAAGAGUACAUGUCUAUUAACCCUUCUUGCAUUUCGAUACGGGCCUAUGUCAAUGGGAGGAUCUGUGAGCCAGGCUCGGUUGUGGCGCAAGUUGGCGCGCAGAGUAAUUCGGAUGACGGAAGAUCUAUCAUAUCAAACUCUCGGCUUGAACCCAGCAUUCCAGACCCGUGAAUUCAUCAACAAGGGUCUUCAAGCGAACCCAGUAUUAGAAUUCCUCCAACGCAAACAACCCCUUACUCCUCUUUUCACAGCUUUAUCUUAUUUCCGCUACGAAGAACAAGACCAUGUAACCCCAGCCUGUAUCAGAGACUUUAAAAAGAGAAUACAUACUACUCUGAUGUGGUGGUUAGAGGACUUGGCUUCUUGUCGGGUUAACUUGUUAGAGUACGGUCGAAGAGAGAGGCGUCACUUUCUUCGCAACAAUAAGCUCAAACAAGCACGCUAUCAUUGUGCCCGCCGGAUUUACGAUGAGAAGGAUCCCAAGGAGGCCUUCGAAGAAACAGUCCGGCUCAUUAAUAUCGAUUAUGGGGCAGAGCCGCUGGAUUGGAAAUUACACUGGGACGUGGAAACUGAGAGGUAUGCUGGGGACUUCUGGCGUGUAGUCGAAAACGCGUCGUCUGAAUAUUAGAUGAUAUCUGUGGCAAAAGAUCCGUGGGUCUCAUAUUGGUAAUACAAUCCUCAUACAAUUAACCAAACUUGUAACUCACUCAGGGCGAUACACAUGUGUAUAAAAAUACAGGCAGCCUACUACUAUGCUCCACUG